UUGAUUUUUCCGGCUUCUGUUUCUGACAGUACCGUAAAAUUUUGUCAAACCUUCGUGGUGUGCUAAAUGCUUUGAACGACCAGUUCGCGUGAUAAAGAACGUGUGUAGAUAAAUUCAUUUAAACUGACUACGAAAGAAGAAAAAAUUAGUGUCGAAAAAGCAGAAGAUGCCGAAAAAAAUUGCGGUGAAAAUAUGAUGGAAGUUGUUGAGAUAGCAGAGGAAGCGCCUGCUCGAAGUCAGUUCACAGUCGACGAUCUAGACAUAGAAAUUCUACCGCUUGUUUACGAAAUAAUCCGAAGCGUGGAAAAAGAUCCUCAUGACAACACCCAAAAAGCUAAGGACUCUCAGGAUACGAGUCACAAAAUACUAGAUUUACAAAAAAAAUUGGACUCUGCACGAUCACAGAUAAAAAAAUUGCCUGGGAUAGAAUAUAGCAAAGAGGAGCAAUUACAGAAGCUAGAAACACUUCGCAGGCAGCUCAAGUUGAAGCGAGAACUACUACUCAAGUAUCGUAAUAUGUGCACAUUCGACGUACCCAAAGUAUAAAUAAUUAGACUUUCAUACUAUAAUUCAUUAUGGUUCUGCGUUUUCUUAUGCGAUACUUGGCCAACAACGAACAGCUCAUCAACAAAUUAGCAGAUUCAAAACCUAUAAGACGAGCUGCUCAGCUGGUUGUUUAUUU